AUGAGUUUCGUCGGCUCCAUAACCCUCGACCAGCUGGCCGCGCUCGACAUAACGGACAAUUCCAACUGCGUGGCCUCCGCACGGGCCUACUUCAUCGUGGCACUCAUGGUUGUGGUCGUUGUGGUCGCCCUCAGGAUCUAUCUCCGGGCCAAGAAUUUGCUGUGGAGCGACAUUAUAAUCCUCCUGGCGGCGUGUUUCAACAUCGCCUCCUCUGCGGUGGCUCUGGCCGCCACAUGGAAAGGCCUCGGACAGCACAUCUGGAACCUGGGCCCGGACAUCGGCCCCGGGCUGAUCCCCAGGGUUGAGGGCCUGCUCUUCAACUUAUUCCUGUUCUGCAUAUCGUACCACGUCUCGCUCGCCCUGGCCAAGGUGUCUCUUGUCCUGACCCUGGUGUCCGUCUUCGGGGCCAACGACCGGAAAUUCCGCGUCUUCAUGAUAGGCGUCGGCGCCGUCGUCGCCGGCGCCGGCCUCGCGGCCACCUUUACCACCAUCUUCUCCUGCGUCCCCGUGCAGGCCUUUUGGCAAGUCAACCUGAUGAAGUCGGCGAGGUGCAUUGACUACGUUUCAUUGACCCAGUCCCUGACCUCCAUCACCAUCGUCACCGACCUCAUAAUAUGCCUGGUGCCCAUCCCGUACUGCUGGCGCCUGAGGCUCGCCCUUCGGCAGAGGAUCUUCCUUUCCGUCGUUUUCGCAGGCGGCCUGCUAGCUUGCAUAGGUGGCACGAUGCGCCUGGUCACGCUCGGCAUCGUGUGCGCCUCGCUGCCUCGCCUGCGCCCGCUCUUCAGCUCCCUCGGCGCCCGCCUGACGGGUGGCGGCGGCAGCGGCGCCACGAAGAGCAUCGGCAGCAAGAAGAGCAGCCGCGGCGGCGCGUGGUUGGAGAUGGACCGGACCGAGGCGGCGACGAGCAACAGCCGAGGCGGCGACGGUGGCGAAGGCGGCGACAGCGGCGGCUACUACCCGUCUCGCGCGCCGGCGGUGCCCAGGACGGCUGGCUCCGGCCUGACGGUGAUGCGACGCGACGGCCAGUACGGCCCCGGCGUCGCGCGCAAGAAGGAGGGCCCGCUGGCCGACGACACGGUCGAGCUGUGCGAGAUCGACCUGACCCCGGGCGCCGGCGCCGGUGACCCCGACGGACGGGAUGGCGGGGCGUCGUCGUUCGAGGCCGAGGAGGGGACGUCGCAACGCAGCUCUGAACACUCGCCCGAAGGCGGCGUUCCCGGGACCACGCUCUGCUGAUCGCGUCCGAGGGAAACGGGCAAAGGGCAGGCAGCCAAAGAAAAAG